AUGUCGAGGCGAUUGUCGCAGCAGUAUGGCCAUCCUACGGAAGAUAGGCCUUGCACUGAGGCCGCCUCGCAACCCCAUGACGAUGGUCCACUGCCUGUUCCCUAUCAGAAGUACCAAGCCGACGGCCUUCCACAGAACCCAACGAAGUAUGCCAGCUAUGAGACCCCCAUAAUGCUCAUCUCACCUGAUAAACGGCUGGCACCGUCCACUUUCUUCACCGAGCGGAAUCCGCAUUCGAUCCGCACACCCUUGAACGAAAAUACACAUACACACUGGCCGUCCCUGCCGCAGACGUUCCCACUGCGAUCUCACUACCAGCCAGAUGCUUCCAUAAGCACAGAUUUGAACCAACCUGCAUGUGAACAUGCGAGAUUCUUGCUGAGACGUGACAGUGGGGACGAUAGUCAUUGGGACAGGACAGACAACCUAGAUUCUCGGCACAACUGCAGCUCCAGCAACAUCUCUUACUCAGUCUACUCUAAAGAUUUGGCAUCCACUUUUGCAAGCAAACCGACCACCAAAAGCCGGACCCAACAAGACCAGGGACACAAAUCAUGCGAGUCUAGCUACAGCAUACCUCGUGGGUUUGAGAAGCUCCUUCAGCAAGCGCAAUUGUCGCCGCCAUCCCAGGCAUCGCGAAAACGAUCUAACCAGUCUCGAUAUCAUCUCCAUGUACGGGAACAGCCUAUAAAGGCGCGCUCUUGCGGUACACGCGACCGAUACCGUCGUCUUGUUGAUCCGCCCCCAAUUGUACAGAUGCUACUUACGGACUUCGACCCAGAAUCGCAAGAAGACUGUGCUAUUUUCCGCGACCCGAGAUUCACGGUGAGCUGCCUCUUGUUCCCUGACUCGGCUUCAUCCCAACCUUCUCCGCCCAUAGGUGCAGACCAACGAGGCUUGGAACAGAGACCAAAAUGUGAUGUUGAUGACAACACAAAUGAUACAAUCCCUCUAUUAUCUGGCAAAACUUUCGUGUCCCCCUUCUUUGUUGAAGCUGAUCCAGAUCCGGCCUCUGCUCCUAUGCAUCCUUCAUCGGACACAGCCGUAUCUUCAACGCAUUCUCUCUCAAAUCUUACCGCCUCCUGCACUCACCAAGCUGCAACAUUUUUCGUCUUUACUGACCUGUCCGUUCGGUCCGCCGGUGUUUACCGACUUCAGUUCAAGUUGAUGAAUUGGGGCUGCGUCGAGGAUACUGGUCAGUCAAUUCCAGUUUUUGCGGAGACGUGGUCGAAUUCGUUCCGCGUUUAUCCACCAAAGGAUUUCCCGGGGAUGCAAAAUUCGUCACUUCUGCUCUAUGGUCUUCCUGGCCGGCUACUCGCACCUUUCUUCCAACCAAAACGCUCACGUUGA